AACAUAAACACAAUAUACACACACGUUUGAAACGUGACUCUUUUUCGGUAUUUUCUUCGGCCGCUAUUUGCGAUAAUAAAAACGACGAAAAUGUCGGAAGGAACUGUCUCGGACACGCCGCAUUUACAGCAGGUCGAUUUAACGACGUUGAACCUUCAGCAACUGACGGUUUUAAAACAGCAAUUGGAUCAAGAACUUGGCGUGUUUCAAGACUCGUUGCAAGCAUUGAAAAUCGCUCAGAGCAAAUAUCAGGAGUCGGGAUCGUGCCUCGAGAAGAUUAACCCGUCAAUGGAAGGCAAUGAGAUUCUUGUACCUUUGACUGGGUCGAUGUACGUGGCUGGAAGACUCGUGGAAACGAAUAACGUAUUGAUCGAUAUCGGGACUGGCUAUUACGCGGAAAAGAAUAUCGCUGAUGCUAAGGAUUAUUUCGACAGGAGGGUAGCUUACGUCACUGAACAGAUGGAAAAGAUCCAACAGCUUGGCCUCGAGAAGAGCAAAGUUAGGGACGCGACUGUCGACGUGAUAGAAAUGAAACUUCAAAAUCAGAUGCCGAAAGAAGAAGCCGAACGUGCAUAAAAUGAUGUUUCAUGAAAUUCAAAUGAAUGCAUCGUUUAUUUGUACAAACUUGUAUCGUCGUUAGAUUAUACUAUAUGUUCUGCAUUUUACUUAUGCUAUUGUAAUAGUUACACGGACUUUUCAAUGGAGAUUAAAUUUAUUAGUAUGUUCUCAAUGCUA